UGGUCAACACAAAGAAUCAUUCAUAUAUAAUACAUGAUCAUCAAACAUCAUUAUUUAAAGAAAAAAAAUUUAUUUCAAAAAAAAAAAAUAAUAAUUCAAUCCAUUCGUCACGAUCAUCAUCAUCAUCAACAACAAACAAACAAAAAAAAUUUCACUGAAUUUAAAAAGUUUCAUUCAGGUAGCAUCAGCAUCAACAAUAUAACGGAUCUCAUCAAUAAAAAUUAAGUUGUUACGACCCGGAUAAAAUAAAAUAUAAAAAUCAUUCUUUUUAUAUCAUCAUAUUUUUUUAAAUACAGAUAAUUAUGUUACGGAUAUUGGCCUCAUCACUGGUCAUGGUAGCGUUGAUCGCUUCCAGCCAAGCAAACCUGACACCAGAACAAACCUCAGCGUCGGCAAUUGCGGCGGCUGCACCACAAUCAUCAGCAUCAAACGCUUAUCCAUCAUUACAAUCAUUGUUGGCUGCUAAUCCACCACGAGAACAAGUUGUCACAUUACCAGCUAGCCAACCAUUAAAUGCAGCCGCUAGUGGUAAUCAAGGAUAUGGUCAAUCAUAUGGUGGUGAUGCUCAAGAAUUGGUUGUUCAACAUCCAAAUCCAAGACGGAUUUUGGUUCGUGUAGUAAAACCAAUCAUUUUCGAGGAACGAAUUGUCAUCGUGCCAUAUCGACGAGUUACACAUGAAGUUCGUCCAGUCAUCGAAGAACGACAUACAGUUAUCUAUGGUAAAGAUGGCAAACAAAUCUCUGGUCCAUCUGGUUUUGCUAAAGAAUUGCCAGGUUUGGAUAAAGCUGGUACCUAUGCUUCAGCCAGUGGUCAUUUGACUCGAACUAUUGAAAAACCUGUAUACGCUGAUCCAGUAAUUCGAAAGAUUGGCUUUUCAAAACGAUCAGCAUCAUGGGAUAUGGCCAAUUUGAGGCCCACCACACAACAAGUACAGCCAUCCGAUUUGAAUCAAUAUGGUAAACGGGCUUAAAGUGGAAAUGAUAACCUGGACUGAAAUUUUACGGCAAACGGAAAACGACACUCGAGAUAAUCAUCUGACAUCAAUCGGCCACACA